AUGUACAGACAAAUUAUUAUUCAGCCCGAAGAUCAAGAAUAUCAAUUAAUAGUCUGGAGAAGCAAUAAUAACGAACCCUUACAAUUUUAUCGAUUAAAAACAGUCACCUAUGGAACACGAUCAGCCCCAUAUCUGGCUACUAAAUGCUUACAACAGUUGGCGAAAUCUGAGUUGCAAAAAUAUCCACUAGGUGCAGCAGCACUAAGUAAUGACUUCUACGUAGAUGAUUGCCUAAGUGGAUCAAAUAGUCUCCAAACUGCCAAAGAUAUACAAACUCAGUUAAAAGGUUUGUUGGAAUCAGCAGGAUUCAAGCUACGUAAAUGGUGUGCCAACCAUCCGUCACUUCUUCAAAAUAUUGCAAAAGAAGAUCAAGAAGUUGAUUUGGACUUUCAAAGUGACGACGCAACAUCAAUCAAAACAUUAGGAUUGACUUGGCAACCAAAAGAAGAUCAAUUUCGCAUAAAAUUAAAACUGGAUCCAUUAAAAAUCAUUACUAAAAGAACCAUUACUUCGAACCUAGCCAAAAUUUUCGACCCAUUGGGAUUACUAGGUCCAGUACUCGUAACAGCAAAAAUACUAAUUCAGGACCUAUGGCAACUACAAUUAACAUGGGACGAAGCAGUACCAGCCGAAAUAUAUACUAGGUGGACUACCCUUUAUGACGAUCUACAAGUACUAGAUCAAUUUAAAAUAGAUCGUCAUAUAUUCGGAAAACAGUUGCCAGCACUUGAAUCAAUACAAUUGCACGUAUUUUGUGAUGCUUCACAAAAGGCAUACGGAGCCGCAGUCUACGUUCGAGCGAAACUAAUGGAUGGUCGACUAAUAAAUCGAUUGUUCUGUUCCAAGUCUCGUGUUGCUCCACUCAAAAAACAAACGAUUCCAAGGUUAGAACUGUGUUCAGCUCUAUUAGGAGCGACAUUGAUGAAAAAGGUUAAUAACAAUAUAAAUCAUGAUGUAGCAACAUAUUAUUGGACUGAUUCAGAAAUCGUUCUCUUCUGGAUCAACUCUUCAUCAGCAAGGCAUAAACAGUUCAUAGCAAAUAGAAUCAAUGCAAUUCAGGAAAUUAGCUUGCCUAAUCAAUGGCGUCACGUAAGAUCUAAGGACAACCCAGCUGACUCAUUAUCACGGGGUAUCAAGCCAGCUCAAUUACUCGAAAAUAACUUGUGGUUAUACGGUCCACUCUUUCUUCAUGGUUCCGAAAGCAACUGGCCUGGCGAAUUCAAUAAAACUCUCUGUAUUGAUCCGGUGAAUCCUGAAUGGAAACAAACGACAAGGGAAGUGGCCUUAAUCUCAACUGAUUACGAUAUCCAUUAG